AUGGGUGAAACAACUUCCCAAAGGACACUGAGACAGUUUUGUAAUGGCAUCCAGGAUAUCUUCGGUCGGGAGUAUCUACGGAAGCCAAAUUCCGAUGAAUGCCAGAGAUUCAUAGAAAUGCACGGGAUGGUGCACCAUUUUCCGGGGAUGUUGGGCAGGUGGAACAAAGACAUCAACGUUCUACAGUCGUCUCAUCUUUUCAAUGACGAGUGCCGGGGUGAGGGUCCGGCGGUCAGAUUCGUGGCCAACGGCACGCAGUACAACAGGGCAUACUAUUUGGCCGAUGGGAUAUACCCUCGUUGGCCAGUGUUUGUCAAGACGAUCCGACAAUCGGUUGGGCAGAAGCAAUCCUAUUUCGCGGCAAAACAAGAAGAUGAUGAAGGAUUUGCUGCUGAGCGUUGGGCACUGGAAGAUGGUGCUAGUACGAGUCACGGUAUUGCCACCGCCCCACUGCAGAUGGGUGUACCGCGUAGUGAUGUACACUUGAUCCAACGGUUCACCGAUAUGCGGAGGGAAACAUCACAUACGACACCGCAGGCUGAUUUGGUUGAAGAGAUCUGGAAUCGUAGGGAAGGGGGCAGAGCGUGA